UCGAGAAGAGGAAAAGCCGAAGAAGCAGACGCAGAGAGACGCAGACGACGGCGGCCAGAGCGACGGCCCUGAGCCGGUUACAACGGGGUGAGAUGCACCCUUAUCGCUCUUAUCGCUAUCAAUCGACUGUGGGGUUUCCAUCUGGGAGCACCGCAAAUACAAGACCAAGACUGUUCCAACUAAGUUCUGGGUUUAUCCUAGACUAGCACGUACACAAUUGAAGGAAUCAAGAACCGGAAACGAACGACUUCAUUCUUCUUUAUUAUUUUAUCGAAUCGGAUAAAGGAUAGAGAAGAAGAGAAUGGGAACCGCUGAAUUGAGUGCUUGGCUUCAGCGAUGUCGAGAAUCACGAAGGCUUGUCCUCGUGAUAGUUGCCAUCGCUUUACUACUCGACAAUAUGCUCUUAACAACGGUCGUUCCAAUUAUUCCGGAAUUUCUCUACGACAUAAAACACCCUAACGCUACUCUAAGCGAGCAUCUCGAAGGAAAUGUAAAUCAUAGAUCAGGGAUUACAACGACUACAACGACUACUGCUGCGACAACGACUAUUACAACUACCACGACUACAACCUCAUCGAUGUCAACACCGUCAACACCGAGAUGUCCUUGUCCUCUUAAUAUAUCCAAUAAUAAUUCUCCGUUGGAAUUUCUUUCUAUUACAACAAUGUCUCCGGAAUUGACAGAAUUGACAACGAUAAAUUCGACGACAUCCGAACAAAAAGAAAAGGAACAAAGGCAUAAAGAAUUAUUGGAAGAAACAGUAGCCGUAGGGAUGAUGUUCGCAUCGAAAGCCUUCGUACAAUUGCUUGCUAAUCCUGUUGUUGGACCUCUUACUCAUAGAAUAGGCUACAGUAUUCCAAUGUUCACUGGAUUCAUUAUUAUGUUCAUAUCGACGUUGAUAUUUGCAUUUGGUCGAAGUUAUGGGAUAUUAUUUUUGGCACGUGCACUACAGGGUAUUGGUUCCUCGUGUUCGAGUGUGUCAGGUAUGGGUAUGUUGGCGGAGAGAUAUCAGGAUGAUAAAGAACGUGGCAAUGCGAUGGGUAUAGCACUUGGUGGACUUGCUCUUGGUGUUUUAAUUGGGCCACCAUUCGGUGGAGUUAUGUACGAAUUUGUUGGAAAGUCUGCACCAUUUUUAGUACUCUCAGCAUUGGCUCUUGGCGAUGGACUUUUACAACUUUUGAUGCUUCAACCAUCUGUAGUGUACACGGAAGCCGAACCACCAUCUUUGAAAUCAUUGGUUACUGAUCCAUAUAUUAUUUUAGCUGCUGGUGCAAUAACAUUCGCAAACAUGGGCAUCGCUAUGUUGGAACCAAGCUUACCUAUAUGGAUGAUGGAUACGAUGGGUGCCAGUCGUUGGAAGCAAGGAGCGACAUUUUUACCUGCUAGCAUUAGUUAUUUAAUUGGAACUAACUUAUUUGGUCCCCUUGGUCACAGGAUGGGCAGGUGGUUAGCGUCGUUAAUCGGUCUCAUUGUAAUUGGUCUCUGUUUGAUGUGCAUACCUCUGGCCAGCAGUAUCAAUCAUUUAAUCAUUCCUAACGCUGGAUUAGGAUUUGCUAUUGGCAUGGUCGACAGUUCAAUGAUGCCUGAAUUAGGAUAUUUGGUAGAUAUAAGGCAUACUGCUGUUUACGGAAGUGUUUAUGCAAUCGGCGAUGUGGCAUUUUGUUUGGGCUUCGCCAUAGGACCCGCAUUAAGCGGUACACUGGUUAACACUAUAGGAUUCGAGUGGAUGCUCUUUGGAAUCGCUAUUUUGAAUUUCAUGUACGCACCCUUAAUGUAUUUCCUCAGAGCGCCGCCGACGAAAGAGGAGAAGAAGUCGCUGAUAAUCGGCGAGAAGUCGUCCGUGCGCUACGUAACGUACCAGAACGAAGAGGAUGAUCAAUAGAUCGCUAAUCAAUCGACAAACUGUGACGUUUUAAACACGGUAAAUCUCAACUCUUUUCUUUUCUUUUUAUUUUAUUAUUAUUAUUAUUAUUAUUAUUAUUAUUAUUAUUAUUGUUGUUGUUAUUAUUAUUGUUAUUGUUAUUAUUAUUAUUAUUAUAAUCACUCUCACUCUCUCACCCUCUCUCUCUCUCUCUCUCGCUCGUUCGCUCGCUUCAUAUUUCUCUUCUUCUUUUUAUUUAUUUAUUAAUUAAUUAAGUAAUUAAUUAAUUUAUUAUUUAUUUAUUUUUUUUUAAUCUAUCCAGCUCGCAAACAACGACGUAGUAAAAAUUAUAUCUUAGUGUAAUACUUUCCUUUGAUUCUAUUCGUUCGUGUAAUAUUAACGAUUUACUUCAUUAUUAUUAUUCUCUAUUCUUCAACGUUAAUAAAUAAUGUUUACACGGGGAGAAUUGAGAAAAAAAUAAAUUUAAAAAAAAAAGGAGAUAAAAGGGAGAAAAAAAAAUAUUUGGCAGUUAAAUUAGACAAUAUAUAUAUAUACAGCAUACACGUUUGAAGUUUAAAUGAAAAAUCCCGAGGAUCUUGUUAAUCUCUCCGAAUUAAUCGCGCGCACGAAUUGAUCCAAACCACCUUCUACUCUUGGUAUAUAUAUAUAUAUAAAAAUAUAUUAUUAUUAUUAUUAUAUCUAUAAAUAGAAAUUAGACACGCGUAAGUGUAUAAUACAAUCGUAUAAAUGUAUAGCAUAUACAUAUACAUACACAUAUACUUAUAUAUGUAUUACACAUAUAUAUAUAAUAUAUAUAUAUAGUACACGUGACAGUGUACGUAGGCGGGAAUAUAUUAUAUUAAUCGAAAUUAUUCAAAAAUUACGUUAAGAGAGUUCAAGUAUCGAUAUCGUAGAGAUAGUAACGUGUAUCAUGUAACUACAGGACACUUAUACUCCAACUAUUUUGAAAUUUUCUCAUUCAGUAAAGAUCGAAUAAAAGAAAAGAGAGAAAAAAAGAGAAAUAAAUAAAUAAAUAGAUAAAUAAAUAAAUGAAUCAAUGAAUAAAUAAAUAAAUAAAUAAAUAAAUAAAUAAAACAUUAAAUGAACUAAUAAAAUAAUAUAAAAUAAAAGAAAAAGCAUUUUCUCACGAGAUAUCGCAAUUAUAUCCUGCGUUACUCGACACGUGUUCAGGAUAGAGCAACCUGAUGAAAGCUAUAAAACGCGAUAAUAAAUUUCAAUGUAUAAUGCUUUUUAUUCGUAGUUCGUAAUGUUUAGAAAAUGAGGAAGGAGAGACAAGAAGAAAAAAAAAAUAAAUAAAAAAAGAAAAGAAAAGAAAAGAGAGACGAAAAUUAAAAAUAAAGAAAAAGAUCAUAUAACGUUCGAAAUUACGUAAGAAUAAGUGUGUGCGUUCGUGACAACGUUGAAAUAUCAUUAUAUCAGUGUUAAUAAUUACUAUAACAGAAGUAACGUUCGCAUAUUUGAAUUAUCGAUAAUGAUAAACUUUAAGAAAAAAAUUUAUUCCAAAAUUUAAAUAAUAAAUCGUAAUGUGUAUUUGUUGUAUCGUAAGUUAAAAUAGUAUGAAGAUUAAAAAAAAAAAAAAGAAAGAAGUAGUAGAAGUAGAAGAAAAAAGAAAUUAAAAAAAAAAAAAAGAAAAGAAAAACAGAAAAAAAAGUAAGUAAAAGUAUAAUACGCGUUAGCAAAAUACGAAUCUUCCAUUAUUCUUUAUUUAUUUCGUUUCGUUUUCUUUCGUUCACUUUAUUUUCAUUUCUUUUCUUUUCACCCCCGGAUAAAUUCUGUCACGCUCGAAGAAAGGAAAUAAAAAAAAAAAAAAAGAAAAAAAUUAACACAAAAAUUCUUUUGCACUUUCCAUAAUCUCGACAAAAUUUUUAUUCUAUUAAUAAGAAGAACCACCUGAUUUGGAUUCCCUGAAUGGCUGCAGGGAAACCGUGCGAAUUGAAAAAAGCGAUUAGGUACGAUGAAGAGUUCUUCGACUAUUAGAGAAAAAAGAAAAGGAAAGAAAAAAUGUCGUAUAUACAUAUAUGUGACAUAAUUGGCAAAAAAUUGAACGAAACGUAAAGAAAAGAAACAAAUGGAAAGAAAAAAAAAAUAUUCUUAAUAUCUCGAGCGAGAAAUCAUCCCUUGGGAGUGAAAGUAUGUCUGUUAAAAAAUAGGUUUACCAAACUUCGAGAGUCUUAUAUAAAUAAAUAUUGUAUUUGCACGUAUACUUACACAUAUACAUAUACAUAUACAUAUACAUAUACAUAUACAUAUAAAUAUACAUACACAUAUAUAUAUAUAUAUUGAUGAACAAAAAUAAAAAAAGAAGAAGAAGAAUGAAAGAAUGAAAAAAAAAGAAAUCUACGUAAAAUAAAUGAUCAUUGGAUCUCUUCGACGUGAGGGAUCACUUUAGCACGAUCGUUUCUCGAAAAAAAAAAGAAAUCUCUUGAUAUUAAAUAUGACUUUAGUUCGCUUCGCAAUCGAUUUAAAUAUAAAGAGAGAGAUUCGACAUCGAGAAAUUUUGAUAUGUGAUCUUGUGAUCUUCGAUCUCAAACAUAAACGAAGAGAAAUAAUAAAUGUUAGAAAAAAAAAAAAAAAUGGUGAAAAAUUUUGAUUGGAUCUAAUUGAAUGACAUUACGAGGCGUUCGCGAAAUUGGCGAAUUUCGUGAAAAAAAAAAAAACGUUAUGUGAAUUCGCGACGGAAAAUUUUAGAUGGAAUGGAUUAACAAUAUUAAUUAAUCUAAUUAUAAUCGUACCGUUGGGAUCUCGAAAAGAAUAUUAAUUAGAAUGCGUAGAAGCAAUACAGAAAAAAAAAGAAAAUAAAAAAUAAAAAGAGAAUUGUAAUUAAAAUAUUUACAUAGAUAAAUAAAAAAUAUAUAUAAACUAUAUAUAUAUAUACACAUAUAUAUAUAUACAUAUAAUCCUAUGUUUCAAGCAAAGAACUCUGUAUACGUGAGCAUUAAAUGUAAAGUGAUAUACGUAUAUAUAUAUAUAUAUAUAUAUAUAUAUAUAUAUAUAUAUAUAUAUAUACACGUAAUACGUAACAAAGCAAUUAGAUAUAUGAACAAAAAAAAAUAUAUGCAUCUAUAUAUAUUUAAAUGUUAGAAUUGUAUUCAAGAUCUUGAAGCAAAGAAAAAAAGUUAACCAUCGUAUAUUUGUUAUUCAAUAGAGUUUUGAACGGAUAUAAUACGUAUGUUAAAUCUCAUGAAGUAUGCAUUGAGAUCCUAAGCUACCACACAUAUAUAUAUAUAUAUAUAUAUAUAUAUAUAUAUAUAUAUAUAUAUAUAUAUAUAUAUCGUAUUGAUUAAUUGAUUAAACUGAUUAGAAAUAAUUUACGAUAUUACAAUCUGUCAUCCCUAAUGAAAAUACUGAGAGAUACAUAUAUAUAUAUUAAUACAUAUAUAUGCGUCUAUAAAAACACGAUACAUCAUAAGGGAAGCUUAUCUAUUAAAAAUUUAACGAGUUAUAAAAAAGAAAAAAAAAAUAUAUAUAUACAUUUAUCUUGCACGCGUCAAUGUAUCGUUCUUUUCGUCGUAGAUUAUAAUCGAGAGAUCCACGGACAAAAAAAAUACUCAAAAAAAAAAAAAAAAAAAAAACAAGGAAAAACAGAAAAAAAAAAUGCAAAAGAAUGAAAGGAUCGCUCGAUCAGAUCGUCUCUCGUGUAAUGAUGAACGUGUAAAGAUUUUGUUUCUCGAGAAAAUAAUAAUAAUAAAAAGGAAAAGAACAAAAUGAAAAAAAAAUCCAAACGAAAGAAAAGAAGAAGAAAAAGAAAAGAAGAGAGAAACAAAGAAAUUGAAAAAGAAGAAGAAGAAAGAAAAGAAAUAUUGCAGGGGAACAAAAAGUGUCAGAAAAUCUUGAAAAUCGAGAAAUAUUAUUUACAUAAAUUUCUUACAUCGAGAGUAACAGAGAAACAGAAAAAGAGAGAGAGAGAGAGAGAGAGAGAGAGAGAGACAGAGAGAUAUAAACGAUGGAUAAUAAAAGAAAUGAUUUCGGAGUUUGCCUACAAUCUUCCGUUGCGGAUUCGGAAAUCCACGUGGUCGCGGCUUGAUCGCUGUGCACCUACUCCCGGUACGAAACGCGAGUCAAUUCAAUUCGCAAAUAAAUUUCGCGAACGUCUACGUUUAAUAUCUCUCGCCGUUGUUCGAUAAAAAUUAUAAAGAACGAACGAAUCGAAAUUAUAAAGAACUGACGAAACAAAGAAGAACGAUUGAUUAUCGAUCGAACAAAUCGACGAUUAUUCCACCUCCCCCUCCCCCGAUUACGAAUUACGAAUUGAUCUAUGACAAGAAAGAAAAAGGGAGAGAGAGAGAGAGAGAAAAGCGAGUUUUAAAUUUGCGAGUAUUGAUGUACGAGAAAAUGAAUAAACGUGGAGAAAAAAUUUGUGUAAUACGUUCAAGAAUAACCGAUAUGGAUUAAUAAGAACGUACGAAAUCAUUUGGCGAUUUUCAGUAUUCGAGAUUUUAGAAAGAAAGUUUGUUGAAGUAUGUACGGAUCGAAAUACGAGAUGGGAUUAUAUUAAUUGAGGAUUAAAACGUGAUUGAUAGAUAAUAGGAGAUAAAGGAAAAGUGAACUAAAAAAAAAAAAAAUAAAAAAAUACAAAGAAAUAUUGGAAGGGGUGAAAGCGUGGGAAAGGGUUAGAAUGGCGGAUUCGUUUUAUCCUAGAUUGUAUAAAUAUACGUACAUAAAUACAUAGAUACGUACAUACAUACAUAUAUACGUACAUAUAUACGUAUAUGCAUAUAUACUUAUAUACAUACCACUGUGUAUUUCAUUGAUAAUCCAUUUUCAUAUAUUUACGAUACAUAUAAUAGAUGUAUUUUAAUGGAUGAUUUAUUAUGAAAAUAUUGCCGCCGCUGAGAUACCUUCAUGUCGGAUGUUCUCUUAGCUUCUUUUCGAUCCCUUAGAAGACAUUCGAAAGAUUUUUCGCACGAGCUAUUGUUAGAAAGAAAAGACAGAGAAAAAAAUAAAUAGAAAUAGAGAGAAAGAGAGAGAGAGAGAGAGAGAGAGAGAGACAUAGAGGAAGACAUAGAGUAUUAUAGAGGUAUAAAAAUCAUUGAAGAGAGAGAGAGAGAAAGAGAGAGAGAGAGAGAGAGAGAGAACAAAUAAACAAAUAAAAAUAUCGAUAGUUGCCAUUUGUUUUUUUUUUUGUAGCUUCGUAGAAUAAAAAUAUUCUUCUAUAAUAUUUCUAAAUAAUUAUUUAUUUCUUCAUUCUAAAUAAUUUCUAAAUAAUUAUUCAUUUAUUAAUUCAUUCAGUUUCCCUUUCUCUCUCUGUCUCUCUCUCUCUUUCUCUCUCUCUCUCUCUUUCUCUUUCUUUCUCCAUUUUUAUUCGCAAUAUUUAUAAUAAAAUUCUUGCGAUGAUUAAGAAAGAUCAAGAUCGACGGAUAAAAAUGUGUAUCUGUGUGAAGAAAUUUAAAAAGAAUAAAAAGAAAGAAGAAAAGGUAAAAAAGAUCAAGAUUAGAAAAAAAAAAAAAUAAGAAAAGAAAAACGAAAUAAGAAGAAAUUAAAGAAUAGUGAAAAAGAGAAAUUGUUUCUAAGGGGAAGAAGAGAAGUAAUCGUGUGUAUGUAUGUGUUUAAUGUGUUUUAAUAAUUGAUAAAUCUCAGAAUCGGCAUUAAGUAGCCGGGAUUCUUAUUAUUCGAAUUGCCGAUGCAAUCAAACUGCGAUUAAAGAAAAAAAAAGAAAAAAGAAAAAAAAAAAGAAACAGAUAUACGAAUGAAUGAAUGAAUGGAAAAAAAAGAGAUUUCCGUCGAGAGAAACAUGAAGCUGAUGUGGUACGAACGAUGAGGAUGCAGCAAAUUUUACAUUAACAUCGAAGAAAAAAUAAAGAAAAGAAAAGAAAUAGAAAAAGAAGAAGACUAAAAUAAUCACAAAAAAUUACGACGUUGUCAUUAACGUCGAUAUUAACAAUGGUGAAUCUAUUUUCUUUCUUUUUUUUUUUCUUUUUUUUCAUUGACGAUUGGCUAGCUAAUAAAUAAAUAAAUAAUUUUGUAAUAAAUAUAUAUUCGCGAAUUAAUUUUUUUGCAAAAUAUUUCGAGUCGAGUAAUUUAAAAAAUGUCGCAACAAAAUUUCUAUAUUUAACUCUUUCUCGUAGGUAAUCUAUCUUCGUAGUAAAAAAAAGAGAAGAAAAGAAAGAAAAAAGCAAUGAAAAACAAAAUUAAAGUUAAUCGAUCUAAUUUUGUUUGAAACUGGUGCGAAAUUGAUGUAAUUAAAAAUCAAUUUUUUCAAUAAUUAACAAAACUUCGAUUAAACUUUUUGGAAAUUUACGGAUGACUUAAACUUAAAAGUAUAAAGAAUUUAUAUAAUUCUUAAAGAAUAAAAAAAAAAAGGAAAAGAAAUAAAGGAAAGAGAAAGAAAUUUUAUCUACAAUCUAAUCGAAAUCAACUGUUGUGACUUUUGUAAUAAUUUUUCUAUUUCAAGAUUGUUUAAAGAAUUUUAAAUAAAUAGACGAUCAAAUUCUCUAACAAAAAUUUUGAGAUUCUAUUAAAAAUGAAAUAUAGAUAAAUAACAAUAUUCUAUUAUAUCUAUCUAUUAUAAAUAAUGUUAAUGUUUUUUUCGUGUUAUUGCAAGGAUUUGAAAUCCCAAUUUUUUUUCUUUUUUUUUUCUUUCCUCAAUGAUAAGCAAAACUAUAAAUAAACUUUUUAAAGUUUCCAUUUUAAUGAUUUAUGAAUCACGGGUUCGCCAUUGCUACACUAUAUUCAUAUGAUACGAUUAUCGUUAUUAAUUUGAUUAGAAUCAUUAGUUCGAUUAACAAUAAUUAACAAUUAUAUAAUUAACAAUUGAACGUUGUAUUUUAUCGUGAAAUCAAUUCUUCGUUAUCAUAUAUUUUUAAUGAUAUCGCUUAUUAUGAUUUAAAAAUUAAUUAAAGUUAAAAACAAAUUAUUAUAAUUGUAAUUCUACGAAAUAAGUAACGUAUAUAUCUAUAUAUAAAUUUCUAUAUAUAAUUUCAAAAAAGAAAAAAUAUAUAUAUAUAGAAAAAUAGAUAUAGAUAUGUAGUAUUUAUUUAAAUAUAUAUAUAUAUAUAUAUUAAAUAAUUAACUCGUAUCAUAUUAUUAACUAAGAAGAAGAAAAAAAUAGAAGAGAAAGAAAAGAAGAAGAAAAAGGAGAUGAAAACUUUUUGCUUUUGCAUCUUCACGUUGCCUCUCGGCGAGAUAUAAAUAAACGAAGCAAAGAUCAAUCGAAUGUUACGUUGGAAGUAUCCCAGAUUUAUAAGGACAAAAAAAAUUAUAAAAAACAAAGUUUUUGAAGAAAAUAAUUAGCGAGUUACUCGUCGUUGGCUGCUAUUGUGAACAGACAAUAAGCAAUGAACAAAAAACAAAAAAAUGAGAGAACGAAAUAAUAAAAAAAUAAAAAAAAAUUAAAAAAAUAAAAAUAAAAUAAAAAUGAAAUAAAAUAAAAAAGACAAAAAAGAAAGAAAGAAAGAAAGAAAAAAAUACAAAAUGUGUUGAAACUGCUUUCCAAACCUACGUUAUACAAAAUGGAGGAGAUAGAUCUAUAUGUAAUACGUGUUGUUUUUCAUUAGACGAUUUUUGCGUUAUUUUGUCGUUUCUUUAUCUUGCGACUGAUGCUUGCACGGGAACCGUGUAUCAUAUUUCGUGGUUGACAACAAAAAAAAAAAUU